AUGAACAUUACCAAGGAGCAAUUAGAGAAAGAUUUUAUCAGCUCAGGCGAAAGAGAUCGUGUUACGGCAGCAAUAAUAGAACGAUUGAAGAGUGAAGGUUGGGUUGAUGAGGUUAAACAGCUUAUACGAAAAGAAAUCAAGGAACAGGGAAUUAAGGACGUUGAUCCGAACACUUUAUACGAGCAACUUAAGGGACCAGCAAGACGUCUGAUUUCAAACAGCACAAAAGAAGAACUUUUCAAGUCUGUCAAAACAUGGGUCUCUGAAAGAACUGGUGUUCUUGAUAUCUGA